CCGGGUUGUAUUGUGUAGAUUUUGAUUUUCAUCAGAUCAGAAAGAAAACAACUUUUAUAAGAACAUAACAAAAAUGUUGACUGAUGUUAAUGAUGACGUUAAAGCUGCUUCUGCACGUAGAAUGACUCUACACUCUAUUGACGCCAUUCUGAGAUCUGAAUCGUCAAAAGCGGAAGAGAAUGAGGACCACAUACAAGCUGAAAACCGAGCCAAACUCUCAGAAGCGGAUGAAACAGAGAAAAUGGAGCCUGGAGUCAGUACAUCACCGCCAGUAUCCCCUAAAUUCUCCUGUAGAACCCCAGACUCGUUUUCAAUCUCCGAGGCAGCACUCAAACGGAAAUCAAAUUCACCAGAACCGGAUGUAAGCAUGGACUCUCAUAAGAAGAGGAGGUUCCGGACUACUUUUACUGCUGAUCAGCUUAAAUGCCUGGAAAAUGUUUUCCGUGUUACACAUUAUCCAGAUGUGAAUGCCAGAGAGGAACUGUCGCAGAAAACGGGACUCCCAGAGGCCAGGGUUCAGAUCUGGUUUCAAAACAGACGGGCAAAGUGGAGGAAAUAUGAAAAACUUGGUAACUUUGGGGGUCUGCAAGACUUAAAAGAAGUACAUUACGUACCCGCCCCUAAAACCUCUACUCUACGGGGCGACGUAUCACCUUUGCCAUUCCAGGUGUCUAUACCAAAACUUUUUGAUUCAACUAAAAAAGAACCUGUUAGUGACGAGGAUGAAGCAAUGCCCCUUAAUCUGACAAAACCCCAUGUGCCAUACUUCCCGUCCACUUUUCCGUUUUAUGGACUGAAUCCUUUGACUUAUGCAGCUACCAUGUCCAUUUUCGGAAGAUAUGGGUCCUCAUUUGUCGAUUCAUCUCAACGCACCGGAAGUAUUACGUCACUUCGAAUGAAGGCUCGUGAACAUGAAGCAGCUUUGGGAAUGCAAGUUCCGUACAAAUAGAAACACUUCCACUACAAUUGCAUUUUCAUUCGUCCACAUUUUUCAAUGUUUACCACAAAGGGAGGCUGUUGUCUUUAAUUUUGAUAUGCAUUUAUAUAUGUAUAUAUUCUGUACAUUAUCUGUGAUAUGCAUGUAAUAUACUGUAUACCCAGCACAUAUGCCACAGUGGAAACUUGUUUGAGUAUCCGAUUUUUGAUACUGAAAGGAGGAAUAAAUGAAGUAAUACUCGUG